UGGCAAACCAAAUCUUUGACAGCGUUUGGAUGAUAGAAGAGAGUGACAGCAGCAGACGUGCUAAAAUGAAAACUAAAACUGCAGUGGUUUGCGCCUGUGCCAUCCUCAUGGUUGUUCUUAUAGUUGAAUCUCAGUGUGCUCCAAAGAACAAACUUAUAGCAAGAAAUUGGGGCCCACAAUCAAUGCUAUACCUCAAAGGACGAUAUGGUAGAAGAUAUGCUUCUGAUAGUGAAGAGCAAUAUUACAAGCUUGACCUGGAGGACUUGAAUGCAGUGUUAAAAAGUUAUAAAAAUUCAACACCAUUGAAAUUUAUGAACAUCAAAACAAGAUUAACAGCUCAAAAUAUGGACAUUAACGACUUGGAAUAG